AUGGCUGGCAUCAAUAUCAACAACAAAUGUCAAACAGCUUAUUUGUUUAUCAUAUUGUCUCUCUCUUUUUCAAGGUCCCUGAUCACUAAGCGCUGGUCGUCUGAUGUUCGUCUGGAUGGGAAGACUGCGAUCGUGACGGGAGCUAACACUGGCAUUGGCAAGGAGACCGCCUUGGACCUGGUCAAGAGAGGUGCACGCGUCAUCCUGGCCUGCAGGGACAUGGAGAAGGCGGAGCUUGCGGUCAGUGACAUCGUCAGGGAAAUGGGAGGGGCCAAGGUGGAAGCCAGGAAGCUUGACCUCGCUGACACCAAGUCCAUCUGUGAAUUUGCUGAAAACAUCUACAACACGGAGAAGGUGCUUCACUUCCUGAUCAACAAUGCAGGUGUGGCCAGCUGUUCUUACAGCACCACUGUAGAUGGAUACGAGAUGCAGCUUGGAGUCAACCACCUGGGUCACUUCUUUCUGACUUUCCUCCUAUUAGAUCUGCUGAAGCACUCCGCCCCCUCCCGUGUCAUCACUGUGUCGUCAUCGGCCCACGCCAUGGGCAGGAUCCACUUUGAGGACCUGAACAGUGAGAAGGAAUACCACCCUGUCAAGGCCUACGUCCAGAGCAAACUGGCUAAUAUACUGUUCACUAGAGAGCUGGCCAAGAGGACCGCGGUUCUAGGUGUGACAGCCUAUGCAGUGCACCCGGGGGUAGUGAACACUGAUCUGAUGCGUCACAUAAAGCGCCCCCUACAGCUCAUGUUUAAGAAGUUCAGCUACUUCCUCAAGACGCCAGCAGAAGGAGCCUACACCACUCUGUACUGCAUCCUGACCCCUGAUUCUGAACUCACCUCUGGGGGUUACUAUAGUGGGUGUGCACAGGCAGUGUGUGCCAGGGCUGCUAGUGAUGAAGGCACCGCUCUCAAACUCUGGGCUGUUAGCUGUCAUCUACUGGGCAUCUGCUGGAGAUGA